AUGGAGAAGCGCUGGAGCGCCUGCCUACAGACCCUCGAAGGCCAUGACGACCUAGUCAACUUAGUCACCUUCUCCCAUGAUUCGAAGUUCCUCGCCUCAGCUUCAGACGAUCACACCGUCAAGAUCCUCGAGGGUCAUAAUCUCCCAGUCAGCUCGGUCACCUUCUCCUAUGAUUCCAAAUUCCUCGCCUCAGCUUCAUACGAUUGCAUCAUCAAGAUGUGGGAUUCCAGCACUGGCCAAUGUCUACAGACCCUCGAGGGCCAUAACAGCUUGGUCCGCUCAGUCACCUUCUCCCAUGAUUCUAAGUUCCUCGCCUCAGCUUUAGAUGAUCAAACCGUCAAGGUGUGGGAUCCCAGCACCGGCCAAUGUCUCCAGACCCUUAAGGGCCAUAACUACAGGAUCCGCUUGGUCAUCUUCUCCCAUGAUUCCAAGUUUUUCGCCUCAGCUUCACACGGUCACACCAAGACCCUCGAGGGUCAUAAUUUCCCAGUCAGCUCGGUCACCUUCUCCCAUGAUUCCAAGUUCCUCGCCUCAGCUUCACACGAUUGCACCAUCAAGAUGUGGGAUUCCGGCACUGGCCAAUGCCUACAGACUUUCAACGGCCAUAACGGCUCAGUCUACUCGGUCACCUUCUCCCAUGAUUCCAAGCUCCUCGCCUCAGCUUCAUGCAAUUGCACCAUCAAGAUGUGGGAUUCCAGCACUGGCCAAUACCUACAGACUCUCGACGGCCAUAACGGCUCAGUCAACUUUGUCACCUUCUCCCAUGAUUCCAAGUUCCUCGCCACGGCUUCAUACGAUCACACCGUCAAGAUGCGGGAUACCAGGACUGGCCGAUGCCUACAGACCCUCAAUAUUGGAAAAGCCGCAUCUAUGGAAUCAUUCAAUAUUACGAACUCAUAUCUUGAAUUUAAUGACGGUACUUACAUGGAUUACUUGAAACUCGGAGCAUCUGCUAUGGUUACCACAGGAGUCUCGCCCACAUUCUAUUGCCGUGUCACUAUCGACAAUAUGUGUUGGUUGCCAUUCAGGACGAGUGCUAGUAUUUACCUUUGA